CAGGGUGUACAGGGACCUUUCUCUCCCAGGGUGUACAGGGGCUUGUCUCUCCCAGGGUGUACAUGGGCUUGUCUCUCCCAGGGUGUACCAGGUGUUGCCCCCUCUCAGGGUGUGCCAGGUGUUGCUCCCUUCCAGGGAGUACCAGAUGUAUAAGUAAGAAAGGCGUGGUGAACAUUACUGGCAGGCUAGGGAGGAUGGCUAGUAACCGGCAGGUAGGGAUGGACGCCAAUAUCUAUAACAACAAAUCAUCUAAACAGAAAAAGAAAGGCAAGCCUCCACCGCCUCCUGGAUCGGAAUCGGACCAAAGUAUUGAUACUAACAGCUUAUCUGCGGAGUCUCAAGACCCAGGUCGCUCCCCCAAUAGCUCCCACAAGACCAGAAGCAAGAAAGGAGAAUGGGAGAUCCUUGAAGGCCUUAAAGAAGGGCAAAGAUUUGACUUGGUUCCUCGAAAAUUUGAAGGUUUUUUACUUAAACGUCGAAAAUGGCCACUUAAAGGAUGGCAUAAGAGGUAUUUUGUGCUGGAUAAGAGUAUCCUAACAUACGCAAAGUCUGUAGCUGAUUUGGUUCGAGGGAAGAUUCUAGGCAGAAUGGACAUCGGAAUGUCUGUAAUAUCAACCAAGGCUCGUCGGCGGCGCAUUGAUAUUGAUGCCGAUACACUUAUUUUUCACCUCAAGUGUAAAUCUCGAGAAGUGUAUUUGCAAUGGGUUGAGCAACUAAAGCAGCAUCGUCUCCACAAGCAGCAUCAAAUACUGUAUAGUAAAGACCAGGCCAAGCUUACUUCACCCACUUCACCUUCCGAUGAGUCUCCAACAGAUCCGCUGGUGCCAGGUGGUCGGAGCUCCCUGCCUGGAUCCCUACCUGGGUCGCAUCCGGGCACAAUAGGUCGUGAAGGCAAGUCCAACACGGGCACGACGUUGACUGGGGCUGCCGCAGGAGCAGGAACACUUCGCUCCUGGCUGAUGGAUAGUUCUGGACUAGAUCAACUAACUAAAGAAAUCACAACAACACAACACCAUGUCCAGCAAUUGGCCCGCCUUCUUGACUCUAUAGAGCAUCAGGAUGAUAUAAGUCAUGGAGAACCAACAACUCCUUCAACAAAAUCCAGAAGAAAGUUUCGUUUGCGUAAACACAAGUCCAACAAAUCUACAAGCGGAGAGAUUACCAUCAGCACAAGUUCGGGAAAGGUUGCCCCUGAUCAGGUGGAUGCUACUGUACCUUCACUGCAGGUGGAUGGUAAUCUAUGUGAGUUACGACCACUGAGUAGUAGCAACCCAACUCUGGCUCUGCAUAGUGCGUGUUGGCAUCCAUCUGCCUCACGUCCCCACAGCUAUUCUGAUGCUUCUACAGCUGUUGUGGGAGGCGCUCAGCCCCCCAACACUCCGUCACCAACGUCACAGACUCAUCAUCAGGCAGCCAUUCCCCCUACUAUCACUUUGUCCAUGGAAAGUACAUCUCGGGAAGAUUUUACAAUAUUGGCUAAGGAAGUUGUAAGUCAAGUUGGACAAGUCCUGCGUGGGAUCCAGACGGAGAGAGAGAAGCUUCGUCAAGCCCUUGAGUCUGAAACUAACCUCUUGGCAUCUCAUAACACCACAACAAUCAUUGCUGCACUAAGAAACUCCCUUAAUCAGGCUCUACAGCAAAAUGCAGAAUUACGAGGUCGUUUGGCAAGGAUUCAUGCCGACUCUGACUUGUCUGAUAUCUCUGUACCACCUUCUAUGUCUGAACUUAUCUGCAAUACUGAUGAAACUGGACUACUUUGGAGAAGUAUGCCAACUGUGCCAGACCGAAAGCUGCACAAGUCACUGCACACAUCCCUGUCAUACGAGAGCAGCUCGUGCUUCAGUGCCUCUGAGUACUUCGAUGCUGCAGAUGCAUUUAGUGAUGCAGGAGCUACAGAUACUAGUUCAGAGGCUUCGUCAGAUAACAGCUCCUUUACGAGUGAAGCAAGUGAUGCUGGCACUGAUGCUCAUCCUAGUGUGGCUGACAGUGAGGAUGUCACAGCAGAAAUAGAAGAAGAUGGCAAAUGUUUCACUGGUCGUAGAACACGUUUACCUGCUCCAAAGCCUCUUACAGAAGAUUUCUCGGUGUGGAACUUCCUUUAUAAAAAUAUUGGAAAGGAUUUAUCCAAAGUGUGCAUGCCCGUCACUUUAAAUGAACCUCUCAAUAUGCUGCAGCGGAUGUGUGAAGAAUUGGAAUACAGCGAGCUACUAGAUAAGGCUGCAGGCUUGGAGGAUGCUGGAGACCGCAUGGUGCAAGUGGCAACAUUUGCCGUCUCUGCCUAUGCCUCGUCAAUAUAUCGUGCUGCUCACAAACCUUUCAAUCCUCUUCUUGGAGAGACUUAUGAAUGCAUCAGAGAAGAUAAAGGCUUCAGAUUUGUGGCUGAACAGGUAAGCCAUCAUCCUCCAGUGAGUGCUUGCUAUGCUAAGAGCCACAACUUCACAUUUUGGCAAGACAUUCGAAUUAAAACCAAGUUCUGGGGCAGAUCUCUAGAAUUCCAGCCAACUGGUAAGGUUCACUUGAUCUUAGGCGAAUGGAUAGAUUCUGGGACAGAGGACCAUUACGAGUGGAACAAGGUGACAACUUGUGUGCACAAUUUAUUUGGCGGUGGACAGAGAUGGGUUGAUCAGUAUGGGGAGAUGAUCAUCAAGAACACUACAAAUGGCCUCGUGUGCAAGCUUUCAUUUGUAAGGGCUAGUUCAUGGUCAGCAAAACGUCAUGAAGUCUUUGGCACUGUGACGGAUGCUGAUGGCCAGGUGAUACACAACUUGUUUGGUAAAUGGACCGAGGCUCUUUACUGUGGACACGCCCCCUCGGCACGAGUGGUGUGGCGCCCAGGGAGCAUGCCAGAAGACUUUCAUCUCUAUUAUGGCUUUACACGAUUUGCAAUGGAGCUGAAUGAAUUGGAUGACGACCAGUCUAAAUAUCUGCCUCCAACAGACACUCGGUUCAGACCCGAUCAAAGGUUAUUAGAGGAGGGUAAUAUGUCUGCGGCUGAAGUGAUGAAAACACAGCUAGAGCAACAACAGCGUGAGAGACGCAAGUCUCGAGAAGAGACUGGAGUAGAGCACUUGCCCAUGUGGUUUAGACGUGAAAUGGAUCAUAGCAAAGAAGAAUCUUGGGUUUUUACCGGUGAGUACUGGAACAAGCGCAAAGAACCGGGAUUUGUUAACAUGACUUUUGAGAAACUGUGGUAAUAAAGACAUUACUACACAUAGGACUUAAGGUAUAUGAAGAAUUUGUGUAUAUUUUCUUGACUUACCACUGGAGCUGGAACUGACUAAGGACUGAUUGUGUACUUGCAUCAUGCUAGUAAUAAUAUGCUUGAUGAAUGAGACACGGUUCUCAAAUUAAUUUUAAGUUCAAUGUAAGAUGCCUUAUUUAUUGACAGCAACCAUAUUGAGUUCAAACUUUAUUUGUGGUAUGUUUACAGAGAAGAACUUGGCUAAAAACUCAGAGAACAGU